UUUCAGCGCAGCCUGAUUGGCUGUGACAGUGGGGCAUAGUAAGUCCAAGUCAAUUCGAGGACUGGAGAGCGGCAACCACCAAUUCUUUCAGCCAGUGGCCCCGCUAGCUGUUGGUGGGCUCCAAGUUCCAAAUUGCCCGCAACUUUCUGAGUAACUUCGCGCGAAGUUGAAAGAUGGUGAAGCACAACAACGUCAUCCCCAACGGCCACUUCCACAAGUACUGGGAGUCCCGAAUCAAGACUUGGUUCGACCAGGCUGCCAAGAAGAAGACCCGUCGUCUCAGACGUAAGGCUAAGGCUGCUGCCAUCGCCCCGCGUCCGGCCGCUGGUCUGCUGCGCCCCGCUGUGCACUGCCCCACGAUCAAGUACGGCUCGAAGGUCCGUGCCGGCAAGGGCUUCACCCUUGAGGAGCUGAAGGAGGCUGGCAUUAACCGCAAGCAGGCUCUGAGCAUCGGUAUUGCCGUUGACUUCCGUCGCACCAACAAGUCGGUGGAGUCGCUCCAGGCCAACGUGCACCGCCUCAAGGCCUACAAGGCCAAGCUUGUGGUGUUCCCGCGCAAGAGCAACAAGCCCAAGAACGGCGAUGCCCCCGCUGAGGACGUGAAGAACGCCGUGCAGCACACGGGCCCGAUCCUCCCGAUCACCCGCUCGAGCAUCAAGUCGACCACGGCCGUCAUCACGCCCGAGAUGAAGGAGAAGAGCGUCUUCACGCAGCUGCGUGUGGCUCGCGCUGACAAGCGCAUCUUCGGCAAGCAGGCCAAGCGUCUGGCUGACAAGAAGGAGAAGAAGUAAGUGUCAUUUGCGUCGACAUCUACUUGUCUGCCCUCGUUUUAAGAGGGUCGGCACUCCCUAAGGUCAAUUGCGGAAAAUUGGAACACAAUACAUCGCGCAUCAAAAAGUAUCGUCUUAUCCUGAUUUUCUGCAUUAAUAAUGGUCCCUCCUAGCAGCGAAGUGUUGGUCGUUUUGCAAGUUGGAUUGUCACGUUGCAACGUUUUUGAUUUUCUUGAUUAGUUGGGCAUACAUGUGUUGUAGUUGAACGCAGCAUGCUGCAACAUUGAACCGACCUAUUUAAGUCCAGCGCGGACGCGAGCAUCACGGAUCGCGAGGCAGUCGAGCUCAAACUCAGGCCAGUUAUCGAAGAGAACCGUGUCCAACUUCUCGCACGUCGGUUCUUCUCCUCGAUUGUAGACCCACACUCGAUCUCCUCUGGUGUCCACCACAACUCCUUCACGGGUGCCACAGUUGAUAAACUUGGACAUUUUGCUGUGAAGACUAUCAACUUUUUCCGUAGCAGUCACCCGUUCAAUUACAACAGUUGGGACGCAUGGGACGUAUGACUUCCCUUUAUCUUGAGCGGAUACAGCAGACCAGGUGCUUUGAUCAACGUACGAAAUGCUGGGAAUGAACUGGAAUUGAUAGGCAUCUUCUUGGCUAGAGCUUGGUAGGUUGAACUGGUAGCCGGCGUGGUCAAGCUCAAUAUGAUACCCAGAACGUCGUUGAUUCAUUUUCCAGUCGCUUGCUUGACCGUGUGCCUCGAGUUUCUCCAUUUCCGAUCCAGCAUCAGAAGCAACGUCGCGCACAAUGAGAAGCGGGAAAUCGUACUCGAGAAAGAACCGUUUAUCCGUCACUUCAUUCAGAUCUGGCGGGGGAUCGACGUGAUAUCGGCCUGGAGCCGCAGGUACAUGAGCACCCCCCGGAAGCUCGAUAUCUCCAUUCAUUAUGCGAUCAACUUGUUCGGUUUCCUAGCGUCAGUCUACCACGCGCCAACGGUGACAUCAGUAUAAAGUUUUACUGCGCUAUCUGGUACAGUUUUACCUUUUCUCUCGCUUGACUGCGUCGAUUUCAGACUGAACCCCUCAAUUAUUAUCUUCUGCAACCAACUUGUUCGUACUUUAGCAGCGGUCGGUAGCUUCUCUUUCAACCUCGUCCCGCUUUAAAGUAUUGAAUUAUCCUUGCCCUUCAUUCAACAGCUCAGUGAAGUUCGUUGAGCUUUUAACUGGACCGUUGGGGUUAUUCAAUUGUCUACUUCACACUCGCACGUCUGCAUACGCUUCUGGUUCCAUGAGUAGUGGCUGCUUCUCUGGUUCGUCUGACGGCAUUGAAAUCGAUUUGAGUUUGACUCGAGUUCCUUCAAUGCUUGUGUUUUCUGAGGUGUCAACUUUCUCCGGUAGUACACCGAGAAACACCAAGACCAGGAGCUGACCGACAGAUGCAAUCACCACGACCUGCCAGAGAUGACUCCAAUCUACAAUCCUCGUGGUCGGGUCGGGCACAAUCCCUAGUGCCGACACUACGAAGGAGGAGAGCACUCCCGAUACAACUCCACCGAAGUCCAUGAACGAAAGAAACAAGGCAUAUGUGAGUCCUUGAACCUCCGGAUUGGCUGGACAGUAAUACGUGGCCACAACCAGCAACUGCAACAGUACGAACUCGGAGGUGAAGGACGUGAUGAACGACUCCACUGUACUGAAGGUGCACACUGAGACUGGUAGAUCGACAACAGGAGGCGCUAGCAACAACCGCGGAAGACCGGCGGCUACGGAGCACAUUGUGGAGAGGAGGAAGACGCUUCGAACAUUCUUGUUGGUACACCACUUGGCGUACGACAGACAGGAGAGGAAGCGUCCGAUCAUACCGGCCAGAGACAUAUACUGCACGCACUCGUGCUCGUCUUUAAGGAGCGAGAACGUGUACUGGUACCAGAUCGUCCCGUCGUCUGGUAGUGCAUUGCACAGGAAGAAGAAGAGCAUAGGCGGGAGUACAGGCUUUAUAAGCUCCAUCUUGUGCUGUAGAUCGCGCUUGAAUGGAAGCCACCACGACUUUAGCGUGUUGCUCCACGAGGACGCUGGGAUCAUCCCAUCGAGUUCAAGAGAGCGCUCUUCUUGGCUAUCUAGAAAUUCAUAGACUGGCGUUUCUUUCAGUCCAAGGAGACAGACUCCCACUGCUGUGAGUGGCAGUAAACUGGUCCAGCCGAUGACUUGCUGUGGCGUAAUGUUCUUGUCCUUGUACACUGGGACGCCCAGUAUCAAGGCUGCAAUGGACGCGGCAUUCCUCGUCCCAUUGGCCAGCGACUGCACGUGAGCGCUGCUUCUACUGGUGGCGUCUCCCGUUGUCAGAUCUACCAAUAAGAUGCCGAGCAUGAGCUGGGCAAAGGCUUCGGCAAUUGCGUCCACCAGUUUGACGACGAAGGCACCGGCAAUAGAGUGUACGUAGGUGGCAGUGAGCACUAAUGACGUAGCUGCAAGUACUUCGCAGAUGACGAUGUACGACUUGCGGCGGUAUCCAAAGAGCGGGAGACUGUCGGAUAGGAGACCGUAGAGAGGCUUCAGGUUCCAGGGGAAGAAAGUGACCGAGUAAUAGAGCGUCGUCGUAGAUGGAGGCAUAUGAAGCACGUCGAAGAGCCACUCGCCGUACGCGGUCAUCGGGAACGUCAUGUAGAAGGCGUGCACGAAGUACAAGGCCAGCAGCGCCAGCGGCAUCCGUGGUGUCGAUGGCGCCAUUUUGACUCAGACUCUCUUCCAA